CUUGUUGAAUUGAUCGACGACCACACGGCCGACUUGCGAGCUAGCAAGAGAAAGAAUGUCGAAGGUGAACAAUGGAGACAUUCUAAUGCUCGAAGCUCCACCAGCAAUCGAGCCGCCGCGCUCUUCUUGGUCGGCUGCUGCUGAAAUGAUGGACGCUUUGCCUUACAUAGACGAUGACUAUGGCGAUCCAAGGGUGAAGGAUGAAGUAGACAGGUUGGUUGAGGAAGAGAUGCGUCGUAGUUCCAAAAAGCCUUCUGAUUUUCUCAAGGACCUUCCUCCUCUUCCUAACUCCAACUUCGAGAACCAUCCAAUGCUUGCUAGAGAAUAUGAGCGUGUCAGAGCUGGAAAACCUCCAGUUCCACUUGACAUGUCACGAUAUGGACUCGAGACACCAUCUGUCAAUAAGAGGAAUGACGAAACCGCUUGGAAGCAGGCACUUCAGAAAGCACAACGCUUACUACAACAUCAAGUAAUCAGGUUAGAGAACCUGGACCUGAUUUCAAAAUAUGGUUCUGAUGUUUGGAAGUUACACAACCAACGUCUGGAGGUACUUUUGUCCAGAGUGCAAGCAGAAACUGCUGAAAUAAAUGAAAAGAUAGAAGUGGUGAAUCGUGAAAGGAAAUAUCAGCAGCAAAAUGCUUCUUAUGAGCUCAAUGCUCUGUCAGCACAAUGGAAGGAGUUAUGUCAGAAAAACAUAGAAAUUCAAGCUGCCUGUGCUACAAUUGAGAAUCAUGUUGAGGAAAUGAAGAGAGAAGCUGCAGAGAGAGGUUGGAAUCUAGAGACUUUUGUUGACAAUGGUUCUUUGGCACGUCCAUCAGAAUGAGGUAUACAUGUUUCUAGGAUUCACAUUCAUGAAUAUUUGGGUGAAAUAUGGUGAUUGAGUAAGUAACUAUAAGAUGCAGUAUCAAUUUAAUUAUGAUUCAACUAAUGUCGAGAAUCUUUAGCCUACUGGAGAAAAGAUUUUUGUUAUUCAAUUCUUACUUAUAUAAUGAUCCCCUUUGUGGACUCUUUGCUUGAUGGAUAGUUGGAAUUUAGAUUAUCUUUUUUUGAGUUCUUA